CGAUCUCCACAAACCCACCAAUGGCAGCGAUCCCAAUCGUCUUCUCCGAGCUCUACAUCGUCGCCAAAUUCUUCCUCAACCUCCUCCUUGUCAAACUGAUCACCACCCUAUCUCUCUUCCCCUCCCCCGCCAGCAGGUCCGACGUCUUCUCCAUCACCGACGACGAAGACCGCCGCCGCCUGAUCGACGAGAAGUACCCUCAUUUCUACUACCACCACGAGCGGCGGGGACGGCUGACGGAAUCAUCGCCGUCACAAGAAGAUUGUGCGGUGUGCCUGUGCGAGUUCGAGAAAGGGGACGCCGUCAGGGAACUGGGGUGCCGGCACACGUUUCACAAGGAUUGCGUCGACACGUGGUUCGCAAUGGGAGCGAGGAAGACGAGGGCGAAAGCGUCGGCGGCGGCGAUGAUGAUGACGUGCCCGCUCUGCCGGAGCGGAGUCUUGCAGCCGGGAGAUUCGAACCGCCGAUGGCGGCGGGCGGAUGAGGUGGGGCCCACCAACGACGGUGAUAGUGAUGACAGCUUGGACUGGGGACAGCAACAAUUCUUUUCAUUGCUCUCCACGUUACGCGGUGAUUAUCGCCAGAUUAUUAUUAAUCAGUGAAAUUUCCCACGCAAUUACUGCUCUUUCCUCUCUCUUUUUUCCUCCUUUCCUGUUUCCAGAUAGAUAAUUCGGGUCGGUUUGACCCGUUAAUCGACAACUAAUACGAAUGACUCGUCUUAUCUAUCUAUCUAUACUAAAUAUUAUGGCUAUUCAAAAAUAACAUCUUGCCACAUAAGCACUUAAUGAAUGCACAAGUUGUCAAGGUGGACAAUUUUUUUUCAAACAAAAAACUAUUUAUUGAUCUAUUUAUGAAGUUGUCUCUCUCUUCUUUUAAUAAUUCUACUCAUUUUUACUAAAAUUAAAAUAAGUUAAUUUUUUAGGAAACAUUUAAACAAAAAACACACACCUAAGUAAUAUAAAAAAAAUCGAUUAAACGAACUAUAAAGAUGGAAACAGAGAGUGACAUAUAUUGUAUUUGUUUAACCCAAGCUGAUUAAAUCUGAUUAAGUAAA